AUGCCAAUAUUUCCCAAUCCUAAUUCUCGACAUGAUCUUCUUAUGAUCCCUUCUUUCUCCUUUGUUGAGUCGUCGUGGGAGGAGGAAGCUUUUGCGAGAGACUCCGCCCAUUUGGACGGGUGCAUAUGGCCUCCUCGGUUCUACUCUUGCUCCUUUUGCGGCCGAGAUUUCCGGUCGGCGCAGGCCCUCGGCGGCCACAUGAAUGUCCACCGCAAGGACCGGGCCAUGCUCAAGCAGUACAACUCCAGCUCAAGCCCCACCGGAUCGGAAACCCUAGAGACUAGCAGUGCUACUGAUCAGCCGUGCACCACUGUCAAUCAUGUUAACCCUAACCCUAACCCUAAUUCCAAUGUUAGGGUCUGUGCACCAGUUGUCUUUAAUGGCUACCAAAAGGAGACUCUUUUCUUCAAGGAAAGACCCACUUUGCAGCUGUUUGCUGAGCCAGAGUCGAAUCUGAAUGAAAUUGAUUCUUGUAAGCAAGUAAUCCGAAGGCGACGAAGCGAGAUAGAAGAGGAGGAAGGGGAUGGAUACAACAUAGGCGUCAAGAAGAGAAGGACGACCGAUUCGUUGCCGCCUUUCUUGAUCAAGAAAAUCGGAGUCAAUCUUGAUGUGGAGGAGCUGGAUCUUGAGCUGAGGCUUGGAAAUGUCUCUCAGGUGAAGUAG